GCGAAUUUUUGGCAAAUUAGCUUUCGAACUCUGAAGCAUUCGAAGUAAGAGAUACUACUGUAUAACUGAUGUGUCUAUAGCAUUGUAGUGUAUGUAUCGUGUACGGUGCAAAGUGCUUGCUUCCAUUGUCUAAUAUGGUGUUUCCUUAUCAAUUAUGUCAAGAUGAAAAUCAGGUGAUUCCGGUUAUGAGUAUGAGGACUGGUUUCUGAUUAGAAAAUUCACACACUAACAAUAAAUGUGAUGAAAUUAAAGAAUGGCUAAACCUAUCAGCAAAGAUAAAACUUUGCAGGAAAAAUUUAAACAGUUUUUUGGCUUCAAUAAAGGUGCAUCUCAACAACCUGAACAUUUUCCAAAAAUUGAAAAAAUUGUUUUAGAUCAUGAAAUAUUAAAAGAAAUUGAAAGGGACAGUCCUCUUUCUCAAAGAGUGAAAACUAUAAAAGAAUUACAAAAUAUAAUUCAAAAUAAGCAUCUUCAUGAAGGAUCCGUUGAAGCAUUAUGUUCGCGUACUUUAGAUAUGCAACAUUCAUCACAGCCUACAGAAGUCAGACAUACUAUUUUAUAUUUCUACUGCAACAUGAUAAAAAGUCAGUUUAAUCAGCUUACUACUAUGAGAGAUUAUUUUUUUCGUUUAAUAAAAGAUCACAAAAUCCCAGAUGAUCUUCUGCCAAGGAUAGAAAUGUUGAAAGCACUUAGUGAUAAUGGAAAACAAAUUGAAUACUUUGAAGAAGAUGCAGGGCCUUUCUUGUUGGAAUGGAUGCCUGAAAUAAUUAGUGGAAACAGAGUUCAGGAAUUUCUUCCACUUUUAGUAAAUAUGAUUAAAUGUAAUGCUGCUUAUUUAGAUGAAGAUAUUAUUGCUGGAAUAGUAAACUAUACAUGUACUCUUUGUGAAAGAACGAACAGUGAAGAUGAUGUUCAGCUCUGUCUUCAAGUACUGGAUGCAGUAAUUUGUUAUAGUUAUCCACCAUCAAAUAUUAUUCCCUCUGUUAUAACAACACUUAGUAGAACAGUGAAUUUAGAAAAAUUUUGCCAAGUCAGUUGGAAGCUCAUGAGGAAUCUACUAGGAACUUGUUUAGGCCACUAUAGUAUUUAUACAAUGUGUAAAGCAUUACAAGACAUAAGUAAUUAUGAUGAUCCAACAUUACUUCGAGGAACCAUAUUUUUUGUGAGCAUGUCUUUAUGGGGUAACAAGAGGGUUCAAUCUUUAGAAAAUACAAUGUCAGCUGUUUUGCCAUCCUUCUUAAUGGUUUUAGAUUGUCCAAAUGAUAUUGUUGCAUAUGAAGUCAUGCUUGGAAUUCAACGUCUUCUGGAACAUUCUAGUAAAGAAUUAUUAGGGAUGACUUGGGAUCUUAUACUUGAGAUUAUCAAUAAAUUACAAGCACAUUCUGAGAAUCUUCCAUCGAAUAUUUCAUCCAGAUUAUCAGUUAAUGUUCAUGAUCUUAUAACUACAAUUGAACAACUUCAUGAUGCAGGUAUAUAUAAAGGAUCUGUAGAUAGAUUAUUUGAAAUAAUAGAGAAAUCUCCUCAUAUUCCUGAACAAUCAGUAUUACGAUUAAUUGAUUAUAAAACUCAAUUUCUACAUUCAAGUCAAGAAAAUUGGUUAAAUAAUAUAAAUCAACUUAUGAUGAAAUAUUUUAGGAAUGAAAAAAGAACGAUAAUCAGAUCCAAAGUUUUAAGUGUUCUUUCUCAUGUAUUUAUUACAAAUAGAUAUUUAUAUGAAGAUGAAUUAAUAGAAAACAUAGUCUUGCCUUUUUUAUCACAUCUGGAACUUGAUCCCGAUAUUAUCAUAAGAACAGAUGCUGUUCAUCUUUUAGUUAAAAUUAUUCAGGAUUGUUCAUCAAAAAAAUGUCUAGAUUUACUAGAUAUCAUUGAAAAGGUAAUUAGAAAAGCAUUCGAUCAGUUUCAUUUGGUUGGAACAAAAGAUCCUUCUGAUACAGUUCUUGUAAUAAAUGAAGAUGAAAUCACUGAUGUAAAAACUGCAAUAAUUGGACUGAUUGAAACUUUUAAAUUUUUAGAAAGCAACAUAAAUUGUUUUAUUAACAAUACUGUGAUCAGACAUAUGCACAUGUAUAGGCUAUACAAAAUAAUGCAAUUUGAGAUUUUGCACAUAGUUUUAAUCAGAUUGCCGCAGUUGUAUGUCAAUUUUGUAGAGGAUCAGUAUAUGAGCAUCUUUGCUAUAGCUUUACCAUACACUAAUCCCAAAUUUGAUCAAUACACUGUGGCAUUAGCUCAUAGGGUUAUAGCCAUGUGGUUUUUAAAAUGCCGAAUACCAUUCCGAAGAGAUUUUGCAAGUUUUAUAACAAAGUACAUAAAAUUUUACAUUUGUCUUAAAAAAUUUGAUUUUAGGGAUCAACAAAUUGAUCUUACAAACGAAAGUAUUAGUUCUCCUCUUUUGUCUACAAAAUCGAGUUCCUUUUCCACCCUCUCAUUUUCUUAUUUAGAUUUGAGUGAAGCAUUUCAAGUGAUAAUAACUUGCUUGAAACAAGAAAAAGAUUGGACAGUUUUAGAAUUGGUGUUACAAAAAUUACCUGAAUUGCUACAAAACAAAGCAGCUGUAAUAGGAGGUCUUAAUAGUGUCAAUGCUCUUUGUAGUAAUUUAUGCGCAAUGAUUAGUGAUCGAAAUCUUUGCUUACCUGAAAGUUUAAGAAAUACCCCACCACGUUUAACUCGUGCUGAUUUUCAGUCAUGUGUAUUGCCUGUUAUAGCUGCUUUAGCUGCCUAUCAUAAUGAAAUGGCACUUCACAUUCAAAGAUUAAUGAUUAAUUGUUUGCAAUCUGUUUUGGUAACUAAAUGUGCAAGAAAUUCAAUAACAGCCCUCAUUCAAUGUACAUUAGAAAUGCAAGAAACAAUGUGUAAACUUUUACCUGGUGUUUUACUCAGUCUGUCCAAAAUUUCUGCAACUGUUUCCAUAGCUGUUCCUGUUCUUGAAUUUUUAUCAAGUAAGCUUAUUCAUUAUGAAUGUACAAGACAUUUUUUAAAUGAAUCACAAUCAACACCUGAACCAACUCAAGUGUUAAGUACACAACUAUUAGAAACUUGCAUGGACUUAAUGGCUAGAUUUACAUUUGGCAUGUGUUCUAAUCAUCCAAAGAGAUCUUCAGUUGCUGAAUUUCUUUUGGAAAAUGGGCAAACAGCAAGUUGGCUGGUUGGAAAUAAAAUUGUUACUAUUACAACAAGUGGAUGUGGAACUAAAGCUUUUAAAAAUGGAUUGUGUGAGAAAUGUUAUGCUCUUUGCAAAAAUGUUUUGGAUGAUGAGUCAGAAAAUGAAACAACCAAAUCCAUUGUGGAACAAUCAACAAGAAGGCGACAUCGCUCUGCCGUUAAUCAAACCACCAAUACUGAAAUCAAUUACAAUUUUUCACGAACAAAGGAUGAUUUACUACUUCAUCGUCAAUUACCAGAAGGAAGAUUAAUGGAAUCACUUACUUCUAUUUCUGAACUUAAAAGUUCAAGUUCCAAAGUUAUAUUGACUAGCAGUUCUGUCAAAUCAUCUGAAAAUACUUCAAUUAUUAAACCUAUUGAUGAUUUAACACCAGAUUCUAAAGAAGAAAAACUUAAAAAUGCCAAGUGUUCAUCUGGAAAUUUAUGUAGUUGUUGGUGCAAUGGGUGGGCUGAAAUAUUUAUCAGGCGACCAACUGGCAAUACGUCUUGGAUGUUUAGAAUUCAAAAUCGUUUAUUUUUGCCAAAUUGCCCUCCGGAUCUUAACCUUCCUGAUAUUUCAACAUUACUUCUACCUCAUAAAACCAAUAGAGAUUUAAAUAUAGAAGACAAAUGUGACAGUGAAGUCGAUGAUUCUUCUUACUAUGAUUAUCAGCACUUAUCAAUGUUACCUUCAGAUCCUUUAGAAGAUAUUGCAGAACAAGUUCCUUCUACAAAUAGUGAGAUAGAUACUGAUCAUUCAGAAUCAUCAGAAAGUCAUUCAAAUGUUUCUCAUCAGAGAUCUAAUUCUCCUUUGAGAAGAACUAAUUCUAGUCCAGAAAUGAAAGGAGAGUGGAAUAUAUGUAGCAAUUCAAAUUUGAAAAGUAGUGAAGAUGGUACACAAACAAAAUCAGAAAAUACAAGUCAAACAAAUGAAGACUCUGUAUAUUCAGAAAAUGUCUCUGAUUCAAAUGAAAGCAGAGAAAUGGCACCAAAAGUAAUAGAAACAGGAUUAGGAGAACAACAGACAAAAUCAGUGAUUCGAAAAUCUCCUCGUAAAGAAGAUAAGUGUAUAUCUAUUUCUGAAGAAUCAAAACCACCUAAAGCAAUUCCUAGUUCACCUCGGAAAGAAGAAUCAAGAUUAAAAUUACGUCUCGAUCUCAGUAAUGUAAGUGGUUCUGCAUCAUCAGAAUUAAAAUCUUCUGCUAGUCCACCAUUACCUCACUCAGCAAGUCCUCAAUUGGCUGUUAGGAAAACUAAGUCAUCUCCUACAAGUCCUCCGGGUAAAACAGCAGGACCUCGAUCUCCUCCUCCUACAAAUUAUUAUAGAGAUAGAGGACAUACUAUUUCUGUAAUGAGUCCUGUUCAUAGUAAAAAAUUGUUGCAGUCAUCCAACAAGGUUUCGUCAUCUUAUCGUGAAAUGUAUCGUAGUGGUCUUAGUCCUAGUUUUGUAUUUCUCCAAUUAUAUCACAGUGCAACAUUUGGUACGGCUUCUGAUAAACCGGUGCUAUUACCAAAAACCGAGGUUAUAAAUCGUGCCAUUAAAAUGAUCGACCACACUCCCGCAUACGAAACGCACAAAAUCGGAGUUAUUUACAUAGGACCCGGUCAGGCAAAUCAAGAAUCUGUUAUUCUUCGCAAUGAGGGUGGAUCCAUUCGGUAUACUGAAUUUCUACACGGAUUAGGCACGGUAGUACAGAUAAGUGAAGUUGAUCAAAGGAAAGUUUAUCUAGGUGGAUUAGAUAGCAAAGCUGAUGGAAAGUUUGCAUAUAUUUGGCAUGAUGACUUAAUACAAAUUGUUUUUCACGUUGCCACGAUGAUGCCAAAUAAAGAAAUAGAUCCAGCAGGUAACAUGAAGAAAUUACACAUUGCAAAUGAUUUCGUUACCAUUGUUUAUAAUGAAAGUGGAGAGGACUAUUCUUUAGGAACGAUUAAAAGCCAACUAACGUCGGCGUGUGUAAUUAUUUGUCCCGAAGAUUUUGGGUUGAAUGUAGUAACAGUAAAGUUAAAAUCAGAAAUAACCGAGUUUGGACAUUUAGAGCCUCAUAUUGUUUCAGACGAGAGCUUACCUAUAUUUGUUAGGCAGCUUGCUGUUCAUGCUAAUUUGAUCUCAAUGAUUACUGUGUACAAAGAAGGAAACUUAGAUCCAUAUUUCUCAACUUGGUUAGAAAGAUUAAGAAAAAUUAAACAAUUGCACGUAAAAGCAAGGCAAGAGACCUCCACUGAAGAAUGUUACAUAGAUUCUUCAGGAGGAUUAGAAUGUGCCCGCCAUUUAGAAGAUUUUACAGAUUAUGUAUAACGCGAAAAUGUUUUUAUCAAGACAGUUUAUAAUUUAUUGUUAGCAUUGAAUUUUUGCAGUUGCUUUAAACCUAUAUUUUAAAACUAAAAUUAUCUUCAACUAGUCUUUUGUUUAAAAAAUUUAUGAAAACCAAUAUAUAUAUACAU